UGUUGGGUACUGAAGAUAUCCUAAAAAAACCAAAAGGACUUUUUGAAAGAAAAGAUUGCUACAUUUGGCCUUAUAUAAAAGCCUCUACACAAAGUGAAAAGAUGAACCACAAAAGGAGAAAAUGCGUCUAAAAUGUAAAUAAUGGACAGAUAAUUAGUCUCCAAAAUUCAUGAAGAAUUUUAAUCAGGAGACACAAGGAAAGAAUCCUAUGAAGAACCACAGAGGGAUAGGACGUGUGACCGGGAGUCACCCAGGGCCCCAGGACGGGAAGGACCAGAGGAGACAUGUUUACCUGCGUGAAAAUUCCAAAGAACGCAAAUUCAAACAGACCCAUUCUUUCGCUUCUCCAAACAAAAUAUUAACAAAAUAUCAAUAUAACAUAUCGAAGGCGGGGCAGAUGGAGGCUGGUGCUCAGGACCCUGCGGCAGGAGGGGGUGGAUGACUCAGCACUUUCACUUCCUGCCCGGGCUGAGGAUCAUGGGAGGUAUGCAGAUGAGCCAGAGCACCAUGGGAAAUGGCCCUUUAUAUUCCUGGACGGGCCCAGGGCCCUCUUUUCCCCGGACUGCUGACGACGAGAGCAGAGCUGUUGCAGGAACUGAAGACAUUUCCAGAAGUUCCAUUCCCAACUUCUGCAGAUCCUCAUUGAAUUGGGACCCAGGUCACCCACUCCAAACCCAGUUCCCCCAAGGAAACACACCUUUUUCUUCUCUCUUUCCUCCUCCUCCUCCCUUUGCUCCUCCCCCACAUCUUACUGGCCCCCAGUGUCUGUGGGUCCCACCAGCCAUAUCCCAGCAAGCCCUGCCCACCUUGGUAGGAGGCAGGUGGUGUGGCCAUGUGCCCCCCGGUCAGCAUGCCUUACCUGUGGGAGGGCUUGUCCUACCUGCACCAGUCCUGGGUAUAUCAGCUUCAGCACGGCCCUCAGCUGCAGGUCUGCUUCACGUGCUUCAACUCUGCCUUUGUGGAACUCAGAGAGUUUCUGGAGCUGGAAGGCUGGGAAGAUGAAGACUGGGAUUCCGAACCAAUGGAGUUCACAGAGGCAGGUGCUGAGCAGGGGGGGCACCUGGGGGUGGGACUGAGCUGUGGGCCGGGCCAAGGGCACCUUGAAGAGGAGGGCUCUGGGGAUGGGGUCCCUGGGGCCCCAGCACCUGCCUCGGAGGAGUUGGAGGAGUUGGACAUGUACUUCCACUUUGUGCCCACCGAGCUGUUGCCUCAGGACGCGGUGCCUCUGGCCCUGGGCCUGGAAGACGCCAACUGGACUCAGGGGCUCCCCUGGAGACUUCAGGUACCUCCUACCUGCCCGCAUUGGCCGACCGUCCCUCCCCUGUGGCAGGGCUUUCUCAAAGUGGAUCUGCCCCCAAAAGUCGAUCUGCCCCCAGAGGAGCCCAUGGUGCUGGAGCUGGGUUGUACCCAGGCCCUGGACCCUGCCAAGGCUGAGUCCUGGUUACUGGACCUGAAGGUCAUUGCCUUAGUGGGCUGCUUUGAUGCUGUCUACCUCCGCAAGAUGGCGCCCAACAAGGCCCUGCGAACACCAGGCCAGGUCUGGAAACUGCUGCUGGAGCCUGAGGAGCUGUGGAUGGUGAAGUAUCAAGAUGCACCCCAGCAGCAGGACCUGCACCGGUGGAAGCUGAGCAUUCUGGAAUCUUCCUCCCCAGGGCAGAACGAAGAACUGGUGCCUGCAGACACAGCCCUGCGGAAGUGGGGAUUCACCAUUCUCUCCUAUUCGCCCUUGGUCAGUAGGGACCCCAAGCAGGGGGACUCAGCAUCUACACCACCACCCUCCACACAAGGACAGGAGCCCAGCACCACCGAGACCUGGGGCAGCGGGCCUGGGGAGAACCUGGCUGUCGCUGGAGCCUCGGCCUUGGGGGAGCUGCCCGGUGUCCAGCCCCUCAGUCGAGGACCCCAAAACUGAGGGGCAGAGGCCCAGGUGGCCGUGGUACCCUGGCUGCCCCAGGACACUAACUGGGGAGGGUUGGCCACCACCCCUCCGCCUGUAGCCAGGAGAUAAACCAGCAAAGGAUAGGGACCUGUGCCUCAUGGAGGAAGAAUAGGGGCUUCCCAGGGGCUGGAGAACAGGCCCCCCAAGAAGCGACACAGACAUCAAUAACAGAGAAACGCUCUUAUUCUUCGAUUGUCACCGAGUUAGAAACGUGAUGCUGACCAGGAACAGUUGCUGAGCUGGCGUGUUACAUGACAAGCAGGAUGUGGAACUGAGCUCCAGCCCAGACCAGGCCCGUGUGCAACACACACUCCUUGGAACACACCAUACUCGGGGGGCCGUGUGGACAUGUGCUCACCUCUGUCCAGAUGGUCUCAGGGGCUCCCCAGGACCCUGUCAGCCACACCGAGACUCCGGGUCCAUGGAGGGAGAACACUUGGUUUCAGAUGUAGGUUAUGUUAUGCAGUUUGGCUGUUUAGUUCUCAUUGCCUUGGAUGUCGUUUUUAACUAAAUAAAGUCACAGAGUUCUGUAUCCA